ACACCAGACAUGAGCACCAGCUUCCGAGGAGCAGGACGUGGUGUUAGCCUGCCGUGGGAGGACAACUGUUUCCACAUCCAUCCAGGAGGGUCCUCGUGGUGCCUUCAAGUGGAGGUGACCUCUGUGCUGGUGUAAACCAGGGUGAUGGCGAACGUUACAACUCCAUCCUGGACCCGAGUCCUCAACAGCUCCUCGGGGCCAGGCGGCGUGGAGGACAACACCUACAAGUGCAUCUUUGACGAGGACUUCAAGUAUGUCCUGCUGCCCGUCUCCUACGGCAUUGUGUGCGUGGUGGGGCUCUUCCUCAACCUGCUGGCCCUCUACGGCUUCAUCUUCAGGAUCAAGACCUGGAACGCCUCCACCACGUACAUGUUCAACCUGGCCGUGUCCGACACGCUCUACGUGGUCUCCCUGCCCCUCCUGGUGUACUACUAUGCCAUGGGGGACAAUUGGCCCUUCGGCGUGGGCUUGUGUAAGAUAGUCCGCUUCUUGUUUUACACCAACCUCUACUGCAGCAUCCUCUUCCUCCUCUGCAUCAGCAUCCAUCGAUUCCUGGGCAUCUGCUUCCCACUCAAGUCGCUGCGGUGGGGCCACGUCCGCUACGCCCGGCGGGUUUCGGUCGUCGUCUGGGUGGUGACGGUGGUGUGCCAGUCCCCCGUGCUCUUCUUCGUCACCACCAGCAUGAGGAGGGACACCAUCACCUGCCACGACACGUCCAGCAAGGACCUCUUUGGCCAGUUUGUCAUUUACAGCUCGGUGAUGCUGGUGCUUCUCUUCUGCAUCCCUUUUCUCAUCAUCAUCGUCUGCUACUGCCUGAUGGCCCGGCGGCUCCUGCAGCCCACCUGGGGCAUCUCCCGGCUGUCCCGAUCCAAAAAGAAGUCGGUCAAGAUGAUAAUCAUCGUCUUGGUGGUCUUCAUCGUUUGCUUUCUCCCUUUCCACGUCACUCGUACCCUGUACUACUCCUUCCGGAGCUGGGACUUGAGCUGCCAGACCCUGAACGCAAUAAAUUUAGCCUAUAAGGUGACGCGGCCCCUCGCCAGCACCAACAGCUGCUUAGACCCCAUUUUGUAUUUCUUAGCGGGACAAAGGUUUAUGAAGUUCGCAGGCCACAAAAUGCCGGGGAAGCCUCAAAACGAGAUGGCGCUGGGAAUCGUGCCCAACAGUCCCCUGGGAACCAGCAACGACACGGACACGAUAGCCAAGGGCGUGAAGUCCUAGCUCUGCUCCGGCACGGUGCGAUGGCCACCAGGUUUGUCCCACGUGUGACGGGAGAUGAGGAUGCUCCAGGGCCCGUGGCUCUUGGGGUUUGUGGCAUGUUGGCUUCGCACCCACUUCGGUGUGGUCUGUGAUAAAUGUGCACAUCGCUGUUUUGGGCGUGUUUUUUUUUCAGGAAGGUGCUGGUGAGGUUGUAUGGACAGACCCCGUACUUGUACCUCUUCGUCACUGAGUGGCACCUCUCCAACUGUGAGGCUGGGUGACCUUCUAUCGUGGUCGCAAAAUGUGCUAAAAAGUCACGCCGUGGGUAUCUCGGAUUGUUUUCCCAAGCAGAAACGUGCAAAAGGUCCCCUAAAGAAACGCGUCUGCCUCCCUCCAGAUUCCCUGGCCCGUAAUUAGCACGUGUUUAUCAGGCUUGCCAUGCCUUGGCAAGGGAAGAAAGGCUUUGGGGCGCCGAGGAGCGUCAGCUGUGGUUUUGAUAAACAGGUCGAUAAAAAUGUCAAGUGCAAUUCCCGCCCGCAGCGGGGACGGGACUCCGCCGGCUUUGCAUCCCUGGAGAAAUGCUUCCCAUUAACUGGGGUGCUGCUGCUCCGUCUCACUGGGGGUUACUGGUGCCAGCAAGUGGGUCCCCUGGAGGGUCUCCGAUGGGGUCAUCUUCCCACCAGAGACCUGCUGCUUCUUCCCAACAACAUCCACCUUUGAAAAGCUUAUAGGGACCCAUGGGUUUUGUCUGCUGCCUUUAGUAAUCACCUCCAGAUCCUUAAAAGUUAGGGGGAGCUCUUCACGGCUUGCUUUUAGCCCUCUUGUAGUGACUCGUGUUUCCAGCAAAGCAGUGAACGCCGUUGCCCAGCCCCUUGGCUAAAUGCUGCCACGUCCCCGUUGCUGCUCCCUGUGAUCCCAGUAAUCCCAGUGCCCCUCUGGAGCCACUCGGCACAUCCCUUACUCACAGCGUGGUCUUUCCCUGGGAAACUCGGGAAUAAGCCCUAGAAAUUUGGGAAUAAUUCGGGUGCUAAGCCCUGCGUUCAGAAUCUAUACCAAUAAACAUGGUGCUGAGCUUAACGCCACUCCUGUCUGGACCCCAAAGUCAGGCCAGUUCAAAGAAAGCAGGCACAAAACACAUCACCGGGAGGUCCACGUGGUCUUUCUCCUUAAUUACUGGGUUAGGGAGUCGAGAGCCCAGGUCCGUGGUUUCCUUGCCCAGCUUUGCCACGUGGAUGCUGAUUCCUCACCCCAAAAAAAUGAAAAAAAAUGGCCGAGUCCCAGUUUGUAAAAGCAGCCCUGGCUCUAUUUUAGGGUUAAGCAAACACUUUGGGUCCCGCUUUAGAGCAGUUCCUCAGAGCUCUUCGUAGCUUCUCCUGUCCCUCCUUCCUGUGCAGUGUCUUGGGGGAGAUGAAGACGUGCCACGACACAACUGGCCGGGUUCACCCGGGGUGACUGGGACCGUUCGGGGCUAACUGGGACGUUCCUGUGGUCCCGGCUCGGUGGAGUCGUGGUCCCGUGGAGCGCUCUUGUCCUGACCAGCAAUGCCCCAGGAGACGAGGGAGGCGACUGUCUCGGUCCUGAGCACCAUCAGCAAAGAAAAACAGGGCAUUUGUAGGGUGAUUCAUCUCAUCCCCGAGCGAGCUUUUAAGGUGGGGUUGGGCUGAGGCAGGCGUUGCACCGUGGCAGCACCUUUUUUUUCCCCGAGGAGAGCCAGGAGCCUGGCAUCACGGGGAGGGUUGCAGGCGGUCACCGAGGCGAGACAAAUCACGGGGAGAAGUGAACUCGACCGAAGCGCCGAGCAGGUACAAACGUUUCUCCAGGCCAGGUCUUGCCUGGCCUCCCGCCGUUGCCAAAAAGCAGCGUGAACGCCAAGUUGCGUGCUCUGAAUAACUCAAGAAAACGGGCUCCAAGUUCACCCCUGCGGUCCUUGGUGAGCCCACCUUGGCUUCAGACCACCGUUUUGGGGUCCCUCCGUGGUCCUCGUCCUGCUCUGUUCUGCUGGAGAGCAGUCGGAGGGGUCCCAACUGGAAACUUAUAAAUAUAUAUAUAUUUUUUGUUUGUUUGUCGAGGCACUAACUUAUACUAAAAAACAAAAAAAAAAAGUGGGUUUUGUGACAAUAACUGUACAUUUUUAUUUUUGUAACAUGCAGGCAUCUCAGAUUUCUUAGAGUAAAUAAAUUUAUUUCUACGAUGA